UGAAAGUGGCCGAAUUUGAAGUGACAAACAGCACUACACCGAGCAUCCACCCCCAGACUGCGCGAUUGCGUCCUCCUCCACAUCCCAUCACCAAGAGCAGCUAUUGUGUUUCACCCAGGCCCAGGGAGUUGAGUGGAAGGGCCUGGGGGUCUGAGCUCUGACUGCUCUGCCACUUCCCCAUUGGCUGCUGGCAGCCUGUGCUCUGCGAGCGCUGAGAGGGCUGAGCGACAGGGGGAGACUCUCACCCAUAAAAGGGGGGAAAAGGCUUCAGAACUGCAUUCUAAGGGGACUUGGUAGCCCUCACAGCUUCCUCUCUGGCACUUCUCUGAGCUAGAGUCAGGGUGCUUCCUGAAUCUUGGAUCGGCCACCACCUGAACAGCCAGAAGCUUACCGGGGACAAAGCAGUGAACAGGCCAUUCAUCUCCAGGUUUGGAGAUCUGCGUGGGGGAAGCUCUUGAGGCAGCCACAGUGCGCAGAAGAGUGGGACAGAAUGGCUUGGUCCGCACUGAUGCUGGCAGCUUGCCUCCUCGUGGUGGUACCCUCUAACGAUGCAGCCGACUGCCUGUCCCUGUGCUCCCUGUGUGCAGUGAGGACUCAGGAUGUGCCCCAUCCCAUCAACCCCCUGAUUUGCUCCCUGGAGUGCCAGGACCUGGUGCCACCAUCAGAGGAGUGGGAGAGAUGCCAGCGCUCUUUGUCUUUUCUCGUCCCCACCGCCUCUGGGAUCCGUGGCAAGGAUGAUCUGGGGAAUGAAGUUGCUUUGGAAAAAGGCUACAGCGCACUGACCAAGCUCUUGGAGCCCCUCCUGAAGGAGCUGGAAAAAAGCCAAUCCCUCACAAGUGUCUCAGAGGAAAACCUCAGGGGUCUCUCUGGCAGGUUUGGGGAUGGAAAAGAGUCUGAGCUGGUGGGAGCUGACGGGAUGAACGAUGGAGCCACGCAGGCUGACACACUGCAUUUCAGCGAGGAGGGCUUGAGGAAACAGGCCAAACGCUAUGGAGGGUUUUUGCGCAAAUACCCCAAGAGGAGCUCAGAGAUAGCUGGGGACGAGGACGGGGGCCAGGAUGGGGAUCCGGUAGAACAUGAGGACCUGUACAAACGCUAUGGGGGCUUCCUGCGGCGCAUUCGCCCCAAGCUGAAGUGGGACAACCAGAAGCGCUACGGCGGCUUCCUUCGGCGUCAGUUCAAGGUGGUGACUCGGUCCCAGGAGAAUCCCAAUACCUACUCUGAAGAUCUAGACGUUUGAUGCAUAACACUUCCCCACCAUGGAGUUGGGUUAGAAGUUUCCCCCUGUACUAGAACCCACUUCAUCAACCCCUUGUGCUUGCCUCGCCCAUUGCUCCAUUCAGCACCCAGAGGAAACAGUCUAAGCCCAGCCCACUCCUGU